AUGGCAGCGCCCGCGGCCGCCACGGCCACGGCCACCGACCACUACGCGCGGCUCCUGCAGCUCUGCCAGACCGCGUUCAACCCGUCCGCAGGCCGGGCCAUCCACGCGCACGCCGUCAAGGCGGGCCUCCUCGUCAGCGCCUACCUCUGCAACAACCUCCUCUCCUACUACGCCAGCGCGGGCGUGAGUCGUGGGUGCUUCCACGAGGCGCGGCGCUUGUUCAACGACAUACCGUACGCGCGGCGGAACACGUUCACGUGGAACUCGCUGCUGUCGAUGUACGCCAAGUCCGGCCGCCUCGCUGACGCCCGCGUCGUGUUCGCCGAAAUGCCCGAGCGGGACGCUGUGUCCUGGACCGUCAUGGUUGUCGGGCUCAACCGCGCCGGCCGAUUCUGGGACGCUGUGAAGACGUUCCUGGACAUGGUCCGUGAAGGGCUUGCGCCGUCGCAGUUCACGCUCACGAACGUUCUUUCAUCGUGCGCUGCGACAGAGGCCCGCGGAGUUGGGAGGAAGGUCCACUCCUUCGUCAUCAAGCUGGGGCUGAGCAGCUGCGUGCCCGUGGCUAACUCGGUGCUCAACAUGUAUGGCAAGUGUGGGGAUGCUGAGACAGCGAGGGCUGUGUUUGAGAGGAUGAAGGUGCGGAGCGAGUCAAGCUGGAAUGCCAUGGUGUCGCUGUACACCCACCAGGGGAGGAUGGACCUUGCUGUGUCCAUGUUCGAGAACAUGGAAGAACGAAGCAUUGUCUCUUGGAACGCCAUCAUAGCAGGGUAUAACCAGAAUGGGCUUGAUGACAUGGCAUUGAAGUUCUUCUCACGAAUGCUGAGUGCUUCUUCCAUGGAGCCAGAUGCAUUUACGGUAACCAGUGUCCUAUCAGCUUGUGCUAACCUUCGCAUGCUGAAGAUGGGAAAGCAGAUGCACUCUUAUAUCUUGAGAACUGGAAUGCCGUGCAGCAGUCAGAUUAUGAAUGCUCUGAUCUCAACGUAUGCAAAAUCUGGAAGUGUUGAGACUGCAAGGAGGAUCAUGGACCAGGCAGUGGUUGCUGAUCUGAAUGUUAUCUCCUUCACGGCUCUCCUGGAAGGCUAUGUCAAGCUCGGGGACACAAAGCAGGCAAGGGAAAUCUUCGACGUUAUGAACAAUCGAGAUGUCAUUGCCUGGACUGCUAUGAUUGUUGGCUAUCAGCAGAAUGGUCAAAAUGAUGAAGCCAUGGAGCUCUUCAGGUCAAUGAUCAAAAGUGGCCCAGAACCCAACAGCCAUACUCUUGCUGCUGUUCUCAGUGCCUGUGCAAGCUUGGCAUAUCUUGAUUAUGGAAAGCAGAUCCACUGCAGGGCUAUCAGAUCAUUGCAGGAGCAAUCUGUUUCUGUCAGCAAUGCCAUUAUCACAGUGUAUGCAAGGUCUGGCAGUGUGCCACUGGCCAGAAGGGUGUUUGAUCAGAUUUGCUGGCGCAAGGAAACGGUUACAUGGACAUCAAUGAUUGUGGCUCUCGCACAGCAUGGUUUAGGAGAACAAGCUGUUGUCCUUUUUGAAGAAAUGCUUCGUGUUGGUGUGAAACCAGACCGUGUAACAUACAUCGGUGUGUUUUCAGCUUGCACGCAUGCUGGUUUUAUAGACAAAGGGAAGAGGUACUACGAGCAGAUGCAGAAUGAGCAUGGCAUUGUACCAGAAAUGAGCCAUUACGCGUGCAUGGUUGACCUGCUUGCCCGUGCCGGCCUGCUCACAGAAGCUCACGAAUUCAUCCAACGGAUGCCUGUUGCGCCAGAUACAGUAGUCUGGGGUUCACUCCUUGCAGCUUGCAGAGUGCGUAAGAAUGCAGAUUUAGCAGAACUCGCAGCAGAGAAGUUGCUGUCAAUUGAUCCUGGCAACAGUGGCGCCUACUCUGCCCUUGCCAACGUCUAUUCUGCCUGUGGGAGGUGGAAUGACGCAGCAAGGAUCUGGAAGCUGAGGAAGGACAAAGCAGUGAAGAAGGAGACCGGUUUCAGCUGGACUCAUGUACAAAGCAAGGUUCACGUCUUUGGAGCUGACGACGUCCUGCAUCCACAGAGGGAUGCAAUCUACAAGAAGGCCUCUGAAAUGUGGGAGGAGAUCAAGAAGGCAGGAUUUGUUCCCGACCUGAACUCUGUUCUGCAUGAUGUUGAUGACGAGCUGAAGGAAGAGUUGCUGAGCCGCCACAGCGAGAAGCUUGCCAUUGCGUUCGGUCUCAUCAGCACGCCAGAAAAGACAACACUGCGGAUCAUGAAGAACCUGCGGGUGUGCAAUGACUGCCACACGGCAGUCAAGUUCAUCUCCAAAGUCGUGGAUCGGGAGAUCAUAGUGCGAGAUGCAACGAGAUUUCAUCAUUUCAGAGAUGGGUACUGCUCAUGUAAAGAUUAUUGGUAG